AUGAGGCCAUUCUCCAAGUACGAAUUCAAGGCUAUUUACAAGCAUAUACUUCCGAUGGUCCUCAAGAAAGCUGGGAGAGUCCUACAAGAAAGCUACAACGCUACAGUGUUUAACUGCGGAAACCAGUGCUUACGGUUCUCUGUGACUCCGGUCUCUAGCGGAUUUUUAGAGAAAGGUAGUCGCAAAUCUUGGUUCUGGUUCGCAUACGAUGUGGAGUUUUACACAUUGCACCCGUUGGACUUUCAGUUUCUUGUAGACAUGUCGGCGGUUGAUCCGGCUCACUGGGAAGUACAACGUGUUUUUUACGCAAACAAGCUUUUUAAAAGUCUGGAGGAAUUUUUAGAUAUGUAUGACAAAAAUACGAUUAAUAAAACCAGAAUAACAUUUCCAAUCCAGCCUUUGAAAGAUCAGUACAGUGCUGUGUAUAUGAGAGGUGAUCCAGUCCCCCAAACAACCAAGCCACCUCCUCAGCAAAUCCAGCCAUCAGGGCCAAGAUAUACGAUCGAGGGCAAUCUUGUCAACUAUAUGGACUGGCGUUUCAACCUGCAUAUAUCCCCGAGCGUUGGUCCUCAACUAUUUGAUAUCAGGUACAAAGGAGAACGAAUAGUUUACGAGCUGAGCAUGCAAGAAAUUGGCGUUCUGUACUCAGGACACUCCCCAGCGGCCAGCAUGCUCUACUUCGCAGACAGCGCCGGACUCUUUGGGACACGCAUGCGAGGCAUGAUGCCCGGGAUUGAUUGUCCAGAACACGGCUCCAUGCUGGACGCUAUCGUGUACACUUCUAAUGAGCUUGGCCUCAAGACAUUGCCAAACUCUUUGUGUAUUUUCGAACAUAAUCCGGAGACGCCUCUGCGCCGUCACAGAGCGUAUGGCAUGUCAGGGGCUUUUUACAGUGCUCUCAUUGACCAUGUUUUAGUUGUUAGAAUGUAUAUAUGUAUUAUAAAUUACGAUUACGUCUUCGACUUUGUAUUUCAUAACAACGGGGCCAUUGAAGUUAAAGUUAGCUCUACAGGAUACCUCGCUUCAAGCUUUCACUUUCCGGAGGAAGAAUUGUAUGGUACUCGGAUAAGUGACAAUGUAGUGGCCGGAUUACAUCAUCACUUGUUUCAGUUCAAAGCUGAUAUAGACAUUAAGGGUACCAGCAACAGAUACCAGACGUGGAACAUUGGUAAAGAGGCUAAAAGAGACAAGUGGGCAGAUAAUCCUUCACAGUUUCACACCCAAAAUGUUAUGGUAAAAGAAGACAAGAAAACAGAAAAAGAAGCUGUCUAUAUGUUUGAUUUCAAUCACCCUAAGCAUCUACUGUUUUAUAGUAACAGAUCUUCAGUUUUAGGUAACAAUCCCGCUUAUAGACUCAUCCAUAAGGGGUUAACAAAAACAUUGUUGCCAGAAGGAGAUGGGUUCGAGCCUUCAAUGAGCUGGGGUCGACACCAGAUGUUUGUGACAAGGCACAAGGACGAUGAGAUGACAAGCAGCUCGAUGUUUGCCAUGUGGGACGCCGCUGACCCGGUGGUCAACUUUAAAACUUUCUGGGAUGACGAUGAGAGUAUCAUGGAUCAGGAUAUCGUUGCCUGGAUUACCCUGGGAAACUACCACAUACCCCAGAUGGAGAACGUCCCUAACACAGCAACAGUGGGCACAACGCAGUCGUUCUUCUUGGUGCCAUUCAACUAUUUCAAGGAAGAUCCAUCGCUGGCUUCGCGUGACUCUGUGAAAAUCAUGCCUCGAGACCCGCAACGCCCAUUUGAAGGCGCUGUUGUUGAUAGACACAACAUGACCCAGUUUUAUAACUGUCACAGUCAGCUCAUUGACAGAAGCCUGUUUAGCAACAGUACUUUUCUCUUUUCGUAA